CCGUUCAAAGAUGCAGGCUGCCGGGACGCUGCGUGGUACCAGGGCUAUCUCCCUUUUGAUACUCCUGGUACCUCUCAUUAGCUAUGCCUAUUCGAGUCCCAUUCAAUAUUUGCCUAGCAUCCCGGGCUAUAUUCCCGUUUAUAUAAGAUACGGAGAUGAACCGUUGGAGGGAAUAAAUCCCGAAUUGGCUGAAGCUUUCGGAGAGACAUCAAAUUCGAUCAAGAGUUUGCAGAAGAUAGAUCACACACUCGCUCAUGACAAUUUCAAAGACGACGGCAUAGACAUACUUUUGGAAGAAUCAAAAAAGGAACAUGAUUAUCCGUUGCAUGUUCGAGCAGCGGAAAGUCGUUCAUUCGCCACUGCCAACGAUAACCAGUCAGGGGACUCUAACAAACCAAAGCUUCUAACCAUUUAUACACUACCUGAUGAUAAUGAAAGUAGGCCACGUAGACGUUAUCGAGGAAGAUCUAGGCAAAAGAGUUCUAGAAAACGACCCGAAUUUAAGGUUAACCCACUCUCUGACGAGGAAACAGAAGAGUUGAAAAAACUGGCGAUCGAGGUGGAAAAAGAAGAGACCAAACCGAAUGAACUCUACGCUCCAAGUCCCAGACAUUCUGGAUCGUCCAAGAAUACACACAAUCAACAUAGAACGUACAAUUUUAUCGCGCCAAUGAAAGUGCAAGUUCCAUUCGAUGAAACCUUGGCAGAUGUGCCAAAAAUUUCUCAAAACGGUGACUUUUCACAAUUGGGUUACGAUAUUGUUACACCCGCAGCGGAGGAAGAGGAACUGCCAAUUAAAGGGCAAGGUCCAGCUACAAUUUGGUCUAAUGUAAAUAAAUUAUUGCCUAUUGAUUUGCCAAACGAAAAUGAAGCCAAUAAAGAUUUUACAUCUAAAAUUGAAAAAAUUCAAGAGAAACCACUCGAUGUGAAGAUAGAUCUGCUAGAAGUACCUCAAGAUACAGAUUGUUCGAAAUCUUUGAAUGAAUACAAUGUCGCUACAAUUGAUAAAAAGGAACCGCCUUUUAAAAUACUAAAUCCAACAAAAAUUUUGUCAAAUGUAGAUAAAAUCUCACCCAUCAAUUUUCCAAAUCAAAAUGAAAUGAAAGACUUCACACAGCCUACCGACGAAAAUGCAAUGGAUUAGAUGUUUAAAACUUUUUAAGCUCAAUUCUUUUAUAAUUUAUUUGUU